AUGCCACCACUCCUGGCUGCCUCGAGUGGCGCCGCCCUGGGUACAGCUGCCUUUGUCGAGAUCUCCGAGGAUACGGAUACUAGGGAUGGAGAGACGGGAGAGAAGCGCAUGCUCGAGGUGUCCCGCGCAGAGAUCUCUAAAGAGCUCGACCCUGACGACACGGGGCUCUCGCGCCUGCGCCAUAAGAUCGUUUUCCUUCUUGAUGUUUAUAUUUGGGAGCCUCUCUGCACCGGAAUUCGCUUCCUGCACCUCGCCGUUAUCUUCGUGCCGGUCCUUCUCGCCGUUCCAGUGAUGUGGCUUGGCAGGCGACAGAAGGACCGUGACAAUGAGAGGACAGGCACGUUGUGGUGGUAUAAUUUCCUCGUCAAGAGCAUGGAGUGGGCCGGCCCAGCUUUUAUUAAGUUGGGUCAAUGGGCCGCCUCACGCUCUGAUAUCUUCCCAAACGAGAUGUGCGACAUCAUGUCCAAGUUGCACUCCAACGCGCCUGCUCACUCGCUGCAUGCCACCAGGCGCAUUGUGCAGGCCGCAUUUGGCGGGCGGGCCUUUGACGACAUCUUUGACGAGUUCGAGGAGAAGCCUCUUGGCGUAGGAGCCAUCGCCCAGGUGUACAAAGCCAAGCUGAAACCUGACCUGGCCGUGCCGGGAGAUAUUGACCUCCUCGAUGAUGGGUCACAGGGCAUUCUGCGCCAUAACAUGACUAGGGUAUCCAAGAAUGUGGGCACAGUCCUGAAGAGCACGCCGAAACGGGUACCCUCCUCUUAUGUCGCUGUGAAGGUCCUGCACCCCGGUGUCGAGCGCACCGUCCGCCGGGACUUGCGCAUCAUGGGCUUCUUUGCGUCCCUCCUGAAUGCCAUACCGACCAUCGAGUGGCUCUCCCUUCCUGACGAGGUCACCCAGUUUGGCGAGAUGAUGAAGCUGCAGCUGGAUAUGCGUAUUGAAGCAGCCAACCUGGCUAUCUUCCGCAAGAACUUCAAAAAUCGGCCGACGGCAUGGUUCCCAUUCCCCUAUUCCGAAUUCACCACACGAAACGUUCUGGUGGAGGAGUUCGCUCAGGGCAUCCCCCUCGCUGAUUUUAUGGAGAAUGGGGCUGGUUUGUUCCGGCAGGAUCUUGCCUCUGGGGGUCUCGACGCCUUCCUUCGCAUGCUGUUGCUGGACAAUUUCGUCCAUGCCGAUCUGCACCCGGGAAAUAUCAUGGUACGCUUCUACGAGGCCGCGAGACCUGAUCUACCUAUGUCAUUACAUCUUAGGCACCAGGACGACGAAGACCGUGCACACCCCCAGGGCCAGAACGAUGUUACAGAGCAGGUCCUGGCGAGAUUGCGGCCGUUCCGGCACGGAAAGGAUCCUGAGGCGUGGAACAGGGAACUGGCCAGGCUCGACCGAGAGGGCUACCGACCACAGCUGAUCUUCAUCGACACGGGACUCGUCACGGAGCUCAAUGAGACGAAUCGUCGCAACUUUUUGGACCUUUUCCGUGCCGUUGCCGAGUUCGACGGCUACAAGGCCGGGCACCUAAUGUGUGAGCGCUGCCGUCAGCCUGAGGCCGUCAUCGACAAGGAAAUAUUCGCUCUAAAAAUGCAGCACCUGGUGCUCAGCGUCAAGAGCCGUACUCUAGCCCUGGGUAAUGUCAAGAUCGGUGAUAUCCUGCAGGAAGUCCUUGGCAUGGUACGCGGCCAUCACGUCCGGCUUGAGGGUGACUUUGUCAAUGUCGUCAUCAGCAUCCUACUCCUUGAGGGCAUCGGGCGCAACCUAGACCCCGAGAUGGACCUUCUCAGCAGCAGCUUGCCGAUCCUGCGGCAGCUGAGUGCUCAGCAGGGCAAAGGUAUGGCCCAGCAGGGCGACUUCAGCAUGCUCAUGGUAUGGCUGGGUCUAGAGACGAGGAGAUUCCUCCAGAUAAGCUUUGAAGAUGUGGAGAGAUGUGUGAAGUACGAUCUCCUCUCACCCAAUGUUUGA